AACAAAACCAAAAAAAGUCACUCGUAGAGAGAGAGAAAAAGAAAUGGUGGUGGAAAGCCGAGAGUGGUUCCUAUCUUCUUACGCGGCGGACGGCGUUCCUACUUCGGAGCACCUGAAACUCCGAUCAGUAAAACUAUCGCUUGAUGAGACUUCCAUCCCGGAAAACUUCGUCGGAAUUCAGCUUCUUUGGAUCUCCGUCGAUCCUUAUCUCCGAUCAAGAAUGACCGGCCACAUGGACGGUCUCCAUUUUCCUCAGUUUUCACUCGGCCAGGUAAUAUCUGAAUAUGGGAUAGGAAGAGUAAUUGGGUCAAAAGAUAGUAAAUUUACAGAGGGUGAUAUUGUGAUAAAUCCAUUUAUGCCCUUGUCGGAGUAUUCUAUCGUGCCCAAUACUUUCCUUAGAAAGGUUGAUCCGGAUAAUGAUAUGCCCUUGCCGGAAUAUCUUAAUGCUCUUGGAAUUCCUGGCCUGACUGCGUGGGUGGGAAUAGAGCUGGUAGGGGAGGCAAAGCAAGGCUUAAACGUUUUUGUUUCCGCCGCUGCCGGAGGAGUUGGAAUGUUCGCAGGUCAGUUAGCUAAACUCAAAGGUUGCCGGGUCAUCGGAAGCACAGGUUCGAACGAAAAGGUUAAGAUGUUGAAAGAAGAGCUUGGAUUCGAUGAUGCAUUCAACUACCAUGAAGAAACCGAUUUUGAUGCAGCUUUGAACAAGUAUUUUCCAAAUGGCAUUGACAUUUACUUCGACAAUGUUGGGGGGAAGAUGCUAGAAGCGGUACUCAAUAAUGUCAAUAAGGGCGCGAAAAUUCCACUGUGUGGCAUGAUAUCGGAAUACAAUAAGGCGUGGACAGACAGAGACGGGGUGAGGAACCUUCUAAACCUAGUCGGUAAAGAAGUGAAGAUGCAAGGGUUCAUUAUUGGUUCGUAUUUAAACCACUUGGGACAAUUUGAAAUGGAUAUGCAAGAGUACAUAAAGGCUGGAAAAAUAAAAUCCAAAACCAUGAUUAAUAUUGGCAUUGAGAGUUUCUUGGAGAGUUUUGCUUCAAUUUUCUCGAGCUCUAAUGUGGGAAAAGUUGUAAUUCAUGUGGCGGAAUAGAUAAUAUCAGAAGAAAUCCCCAAUAAACCAUUUUUAUGUGAAGACUGGAUUCUUAUAAUAUUAUGUUUGGAUUUUAUGAAAUUUUAUUCUCUU